GGCCGUGCGCCAGCGGCUCCGCCGCUCCGACGUGCUGCUCCACUGGGCCGACCAGGGCAUCGACGCGCUCAACUGCCUGUAUGGCCAUGCUGGUGCACCUCCGUCGGCGCCCGCGAACCUGGGACAGCAGACUAGCCUGGACUUUCUGGAGGACUGCUACCUGGGGAUGGGCGCGAUGCCGAGCGAGCCAGGUUUUUGUGAAGAAGCCCUCCGCGAGCUUCUCAGUGGCUCCACCGUCUACUCCGAGGAUGGUGGCGCACGGGUCCCGUACUCGAAGGAGCUGGUCUCCUGGCCUGAGGUGGGUUCCAGCCCCGUCGACCUUGUGGGCUGCCUCACUCGGGAUGAUGCUGAUUGGGCACGGGAUUGGCGACAUAAUUUGCUCAAGACGCCCGACGAGGCGCUGCUCGGGGCCCGACAAGCUUGCCCUCGCGGACCUUUCGUUGACCCUCGGUUGGCGCGGGAUCCAGUUUUGUAUGGUGAUUUUGUUCGGCGGCUUCAUCCAUGUGGUAUGCUGCGCUUCAAGGUGGCGCCCACUACCAAGCACAUGAUUGGUGUAUUUUUUUGGAGGAAGAAGUCUGGCAAGCUUCGCAUAGUGUUCGACGCGAGGUACGCCAACGCCUACUUCCACCCGGCGCCGGCGACGCGGCUACCUACGGCGGCCGCGGUGUCUUCGGUGGAGUCGGGCGGUUUGCCCCUGUGCGUGGCGGCCGGCGACCUCGACAAUGCCUUCUACCGUCUCCGGCCCAUGUCCGGCUUAGAGGACUACUUCACGCUGCCCCCGCUUUCCUCGACCCUAGCGGGCAUCACGGAGCUGGACGGGGUCAGCAUUCCGGCAGGGACCAGCUUGGCUCCCUGCCUUACCAUCCUGCCCAUGGGGUGGUCGUGGGCGAUGCACUUCUGCCAGGCUGUGACCAUGCGCGCCAUUUCUCUGGCGGGCUUCGCGGACUCGCAGAUUGCGGAGGACGGUCGUUCCAGCGUGGCCCUGCCCGCCCGCUCUGACACGGCGGCGGCGGGUUACGUGGACAACUUCUACGUCUUCGGCCACGACGCCUCGCUGGUCACUCAGCGCCGGGACGACGUGUCGGCCGUCUUGCGCGGGUGGGGCUUGACCGUCCAUGAGGAGACGGAUGCCUCCCCCGACGCCGUGCUGGUGGGCCUGGAGCUCCGGCAGGGCCGCUGGCUGUCCAUCAAGCGCCGCAACCUGCGGCGGCUCCGUGCGGCGCUGGAUACCGUGCUGCGCCGGGGCUGCUGCUCCAGCAAGAUGCUUGAGGUGCUGGUGGGCCACAUCACGUGGGCCUGCUUGAUCCGCCGUGAGCUGCUGUGCGUGCUGUGCUCCGUGUACCCGUACAUAGCGGCCGGCCUGCCGACGACCUCGCGGCUGUGGCCCUCCGUGCGCCAGGAGCUGUGGCUCGUCCGCUCGCUGCUCCCGCUCCUACAGAAGGACCUGAGCAGCCCGUGGCACGACGUGGUCGGAGUGAGCGACGCCUCCGAGUUCGGAGUCGGCGUCGCCGCGCGGCCGGCGCGGCCUGACGCUGCGGCGCAGCACGGCCGCCAGUGCGAGAGGUGGCGUUACCGAGUGCACGGUGCCGAGAAGGCCCGCGAGAGAGCCCUCCGCCCUCAGCCUCUACCAUCCUCCGCAUACGACACAGCUUCGCUGCCUGCCGGACUGCAAGGCCUGGACGUCUUGGGGCUGGAAUCCAUCAUCCGGGUGCACCCGAGGGAGUUCAUGGAGGUGCCCAAGGAGUUCUUCGACGGGGCUCGCUGGGCUCCUGUUAUCGCCUCAAGGGUCGUCGUGCCCGACAACAUUCUGGCUCUGGAGGGGGGCGCGUGCGUCUUGGGCAUCAAGCACAUCAUGAGGCUGACGGGCCGACACCUGCAGGAGCUGACCUCGAUGGCGGGUGCCUCGGCCUCUCGCCGCCAGGCGGUUCGCCACCGCAGAGCCGCGGCGGCUCGCCAGGUGGCGUCCGAGCGGGGGCCCUCGGGCGGCCUCUCGGUGCUGGAGCGCACGGCGGUCAGGCCGGGCACGGAGCGCCUGUGCCAGGUAUACCUCCGGGCCUUCCUGCAGUUCUGCCUGGUCAUGGCCAUCGACUGGACGACCGAGGUCGAGAUGGACGCCGCCCUGGUCACGUACCUGAAUUCGAUGUACUUCGAGGGCCGCGCCCCGAACGAGGGCUCCGCGCUGCUGGCGUCGCUGGCACACUACACGCCGGCGCUGUACAAAAGGACGGCUCAGGCCUUGCCGAGGGCCACGCGCUGUCUGGCGGGCUGGCGCCGGCGCGUCCCGACCAGGAUGCGCCUGCCGCUGCCUCGCCGGGCCGCCUUCGCCAUCGCCGGGACGCUGGCGGCCUGGGGCCAGCCGCGCAUGGGGCUCUUCGUGAUGCUGUCUUUCGCGGCCUAUCUCCGCCCGCAGGAGGCCUUCCGCCUGGCCGGGCGUCACCUCGUGCCGCCGGUGGCCCACCUGGGACAGGCCCCCACUCCGUGGGGGCUGCUGCUGCACGACUCCGACUUGCAGCUGCCCGGGAAGACCAACCUGUGGGACGAGAGUGUGCUGCUGGACCAGGCGCCGUGGCUCGAGCCUGCCCUGGAGGCGCUGAGGACUGUCGCGGGCGACGGACCCUUGUGGGACUUCCUGCCUACGUCGAUUGCUCGGCUCUUCGAGGAUGCGUGCCACGCCCUGGGCCUGAUGCACUUGCAGCCGCAUCUGUAUUCUCUGCGUCACGGGGGCGCCAGCGAGGACCUGCUGUCGGGCGCCAGGACGCCGGAACAGGUCAUGCGGCGGGGUCGCUGGGCCACAGUGGCCUCGCUCCGCCGCUACGGCAAGGAGACCCGCCUCCUCCGGGGGGCCGCCAAGGUGGACCCCGACGUGCUGCUGUUCGGCGAGAUCGUGGAGCGCAACUUCCUGGACGCGUUGCGGGGCGGCCCCCUGCUGCCGCUGGUGUGGGCCGAGCUGCCCGCGAGCGUCGGCCGUGCUGGCGCGAGCACGUGGAGGAGCUGCCUGUUUCUGGAGCUGUUUGCAGGACAGGGUCGCAUCGCCAAGCGCAUCCGCGACCUUGGCUACGGGUGCCUGGACCUGGACCUCGUUCACGGGGCCUGCGAGGAUCACCUCCACACCACGUUCGAGUCGGUCGUGCGCGGGUGGCUUCUGAGCAAGGCCAUCGUAGGUCUGUGGCUGGGCACUCCCUGUACGUCCUGGUCGCAGGCUCUCAGAGACCCGUUGCGCUCCAGUCGUUUCCCCAUGGGGGAACCAGGUUUGUCCGGACCUAGGCUGGACCGCCUCCGCGUUGGCAGUCGCUCUUUCUACUUUUCUUACCGGCUCAUCCGGCUCUGCAUCCAGAUCGGCUGCCCUGUCUUUUUGGAGAACCCUCGCGGGUCGCUGCUUUGGCACGCCCCCGAGAUGGUCAAGCUUCUUUCGGAUUCAUCGUGCACCAUUCACAAGAUGGACAUGUGCCGCUUUGGCACACCCUUUAAGAAGCCGACGACAGUGGCCGGCUGGAAUGCAGGCGUCUUCCCCAGCCUAUGUAAGUCUUGCUCUGGCAAGGGUGGCAUUUGCUCGUCGACUGGCCUGCCCCACCUUAUCCUCCAAGGCCGAGACAAAGGUGCGCCUGCCCGCCGCACCGAGCUGGCUGCAGCGCACUCGCCUCAGUUCGCCCGCGCUGCCGCCCUUGCCAUGACACAUUCUGCCAAU